AUGUUGGCCCCCCUUGUGGUUCUCUUCGGCGCUCUAUAUGUAACCUUCUUGGCUCUACAGUACCUCCAGCAACAGUACAAGCAGCGCAAGCACGCGCAGUCCUUAGGAUGCCAACCUGUUGCCCCAGGGUCUCCAGGGCUUUUUGGGAUUAGAAACUUUAUUCGGUUGACGAAGGCUGUGAAGCAGAAACGAUGGGUCGAGCUCAUCGCUGAUCAGUAUAAAGAGCAUGGAGGCACUUAUUCUCAGGUCGUCUUGGGUCGACGGAUGAUUGCCACUAUUGAUCCAGAGAAUAUCAAAGCUUUGCUGGCAACUCAGUUCAAUGACUUUGGCCUGGGAACAAGGCAUCGCGAGUUUUACCCCUUGCUUGGUGAUGGGAUCUUCACCCUUGAUGGAGCUGGCUGGUCCCACGCACGCGGGCUGUUGCGACCUCAGUUUACUCGAGAUCAGGUGGCUGACCUCGAGCUCAUGGAUGGUCACAUCUCCCGCAUGAUUGAACUGAUCCCCAAGGAUGGCUCGUGUUUCGAUAUCCAGCGACUCUUCUUCUGUCUGACAAUCGACUCUGCGACGCACUUCCUUUUCGGCGAAUCUGUAGGCUCCUUGCAUUCUACAGAUGAUGCCGGUCUUCUGGCGAAGUCAUCCGUUGGAAACGCGCAGGGGUUUGCAGAGGCCUUUAACACCGCCCAAGAAUAUCUCGUAUCACGAUCCCGAGCAGUUAGCUUCUACUGGAUGAUAAACCCGAAGGAAUUCCGUGACGCAAACAAGCGUGUGCACGAAGUUGUCGACCACUAUGUGCGACUCGCUAUUGAAUCGAAGAAUUAUGCAGGAAAAAAGGAUCCUGGAAGAUACAUCUUUGCCGAGGCUUUGGCGGCGGACAAUGAUAACCCUAAGGUACUUCGCGAUAACAUGCUCAACAUUCUGCUGGCCGGUCGGGAUACCACGGCUAGUUUGCUCAGCUCGGCAUUUUUCUAUUUAUCUCGGGAUCCCAAUGUUUGGGCUAAGCUUCGUCAGGCGAUCGUUGACGAAUUUGGGGACAGUGAGCAUCCGAAGGGAGAGAUUACUCAGACAAGGUUGAAGGACAUCCCAUACCUGCGAUACGUUCUGAAUGAAGUCCUCCGGUUACAGCCGCCCGUGCCCCUUAAUUUCCGAGUCGCCACCAAAGAUACGUCACUCCCGGUGGGAGGGGGCCCCGACAGGAAAUCCCCAAUCUACGUGAAAAAGGGCAUGGUUGUCACAUACAGUGUCUAUGCUAUGCACCGACGGACUGAUUUCUAUGGCCCUGACGCACAUCUCUUCCGCCCAGAGCGUUGGCAGGAAAAUGGACGUCGGAACUGGGACUAUCUCCCCUUUAAUGGAGGGCCCCGCAUCUGUCUUGGUCAGCAAUACGCACUCACCGAAGCAAGCUAUACACUGGUGAAGUUGGCUCAGAAGUUUGACGUUGUAGAAUGCGGCGACCCAGAGCUGGAAGUGCCUGCAAUUCAAUCCAGUCUCACCAUGUCGCAUGAUCGAGGAGUAAAAGUGAGACUCCUGUCGUCGACGGCCUAA